UUCGACUCCUCUGUCCUCGGUCGCAGAAACGAACAGCAUCAUGAGCGACGUUGCUACCAAAGAAGCCAUCAUCCACGCCAAAGAUGGCUCGGUGCUGGAUGCAGACGAGCAACGGCUGGCCCAGAUGGGCCAUACGCAGGAGCUCACGCGACACUUUAGCAUUCUGUCGCUCAUCGGUCUAGCCUCCACCACGACAAUUUCCUGGACCGGGCUGGGGCUGAGUAUCGUCACUGAGAUCAACGCUGGUGGACCGAGUGCCAUUAUUUAUGGCUUCAUUCUUGUCACCUUGCUGCAAUCCUUCCUCGGCGCCUCCCUGGCGGAGUUUGUCUCCAGCUAUCCCACCGAAGGCGGCAUGUAUCAUUGGAUUGCGGCCGUGGCGCCGAGAAAAUGGAGCGCCUUCUUGAGUUUCAUCACCGGCUGGCUGACCGUCUGUGGCUGGAUCUUCACCACCGCCUCGACGAAUCUGAUCUUUGCCGAAGUUGUCCAGGCACUUUAUGCGCUCUAUCACCCCGACCUGGUAAUCAAGACGUGGCAGACGUUCGUGAUCUACCAGAUUCUGAACCUGCUCACAGCAGCGGUGGUGCUUUUCGGGAACAAGAUCAUUCCGGCCCUCAACAAGUUCUCCCUGUUCUAUCUGCAGCUCGGCUGGCUUGUGGUCCUCGUCACGGUGGUCGCGUGUGCUCCAACACACCAAAGCAGUGACUUUGUCUUCAAGACGUGGAUCAACAACACUGGAUGGAGCAGCAACGGUAUCUGCUUCAUCACGGGCCUUGUCAACCCGCUCUAUAGUCUCGGUGGUCUGGACGGUGUCACCCACAUCACCGAAGAGAUGCCCAAUCCCUCCCGCAAUGCACCCUUAGCUAUUGGAAUCACCAUCACCAUUGCAUUCAUGACCGGCCUCACUUAUCUUAUUGCCUUAAUGUUCAGCGUGCAAGAUUAUGCUGCACUAAGCACCACCAACACGGGUCUUCCUCUGGCCGAACUCUUCCACCAAGUCACCCAGUCUGCGGGAGGUGCCUUUGGCCUGACUUUCAUUCUCUUUGUGGCCCUCGGUCCCUGCGUCGUGUCGUCGCAACUGUCCACAUCACGCGUCCUAUGGGCGUUUGCGCGCGACGAUGCCAUGCCAUUCUCGCGCACGUGGGCACGCGUCAGCAAACGCUUCGGCAUCCCCUUCAACGCCCAACUGUUGGUCGCAGCAGCAAACGCCGCCCUCGGCUGUUUGUACCUGGGCAGCAGCACUGCGUUUAACAGUAUGCUCGGGGCGGCGGUGACAAUCAAUAACGUUGCAUAUCUGAUUCCAAUUUCCACAAACAUGCUGACAGGGAGGGUGAAUAUGCACCGGGGCGUGUUCCACAUGGCCAAAUGGGGCUGGCUCGUGAACGCCGUAACAGUCGCUUGGCUGAUAUUCGCCAUUGUUUUCUUUAGCUUCCCAUAUAACAUGCCCGCCACGGUGGAAAACAUGAACUAUACGUGUGUUGUGGUGGGUGGACUGAUCAUCCUCAUUUUGGGGUGGUGGGUCGUUGGAAGUGGAAAGUAUAGAGAAAAGAUUACGCGAGCAAAAGAGUAGACAGCACAACGGAUAGUGAUAUAAGCCAUGGAUAGCCAAUGGAAGGCGAACAUCCAGAUGACAUAUCUGCCCGCAUUGAAAGCCUCAAGUGAUUCGGGUCGUACGAUGUGCACAGUCCCAUGCAGGCGGGCUUAAGGAUGCUGGCCGGGGUGGAUUCUAGGCCGUCCAGUUCGAGUACAUCAUCGACUGCAAGCUGGCUUGGUCGAAGAUCCAGGUCUGAUCCGAAAGACCUCUCAUCUCAGCGUUCUCAACACUAUCCUGUGGCCCGACUGGCGUGUGGACAUUAGCUAGACUUGCUUCCAAGCGGGCAACGAGUUUGU